CGUUUGUAUUAGUUUGGCUGAAGUGCAUGUCUAUGGUAGUGGUGUGAGUCCUGACUGGGCAAUUAGUUAUAUAGAUCGUCACUGUAUAGAUAGUAGUUGUCAUUCAAAGUGAACGCAGCCGAUGAUGGCCCAUGACGAAGAUUCUAUCAGCGUUGAAGAUAUCGGAGAAGACGAACCACAACCGACGUCGUCGUCGUUAAAGAAGAAAUGGAUUGCAUCUCUUGUCCUUCUUCUCGUCAUCUUAGUAUACCUUUUCGCCGGCGCGCUCAUUUUUAGCGCGCUCGAGCGUCCGGGGGCAGUUCAAGCUUCUGAGGACUUUGAUGCAGCACUCCUACGACUCGCGUCGGAAAAUGAUUGCCUUGACGAGGAGGAUGUCGCCGAGCUCAUGUACAUCGUGACCAAGGCCAUAGGGGAAGGGGCCUACGCAAGUGGUCAUCCUUACGCUUCCCUUAUGACUUUGGAAAUAGAUAACGAGACUGCCUUCGUGCCUAUGUGGUCUGUUCAAUAUAACUUCGUCUUUGUUACAUCAGUGGUGACGACAGUAGGGUUUGGGUAUACUGCACCACGUACAGUUGUAGGUCAGUUCGUCUGCGUUCUCUAUGCUCUCAUAGGAAUUCCAUUCGUAGGAACUACAAUCUUGACCUUCGGGAAAAUACUCAAGGCUCUGAGACAACCCAAGUUUACCAAGAAAAUAUUCAAGGCUCUGAGACGACCCAAGUUCACCAAGAAACUGAAAGUCUGUGUGGUGAUCUGGCAACGAUUCCGGACGGCUGGAGUGCUCGUCUUCAACCUUCUUCUAUUAUGUCUCCUUCUGGUUCCCCCAAGUCUCCUUAAAUUUUUUACCCAACACUGGAGCUUCAUAGACAGUUACUACUUCUCCAUGGAGACGAUGACAACCAUCGGUUUUGGUGAUAUACAAGUGGGGAACUCAAGAGGCAACGCCUCUAAAGAAUAUUUGAAGGCGUUCAUCCAUUUUACCUACCAGCUCAUCUACAUCGGUCUUUUGUCCACCAUGUUUGAUACAUCUACCAAGACUCAGCAGCGAGGAGCCCGAAGGAUCUCGGAUCGUCUAUCCAAUUACAAGAAAAGGUAUCAUCAGCGACAUCGCCAGGCUUUACGAUCCAAGAAACAGGAGGCAACAAAACUAUCACACGACGAUGGUGAUAAUAAACAAGGUGAUACCGGAAGCCUAGAAGCUCCGCAUCCAAAGCCUUAAUUAUCAAAUCGCCCAAAACGAUCGACAGCGACGGAAGUACCUUGCAAGGCAAAUUCAGUAGAUGAGAGAUCCCUUGGAUCAGCGUUUUCCUACCCUCUCUUAUAUGGCACCCUUUUAAGAAAUAAAAAGUUUCGCGUCCAACAAAUCCCAAAUAUACACUAAAGAUUUAUUUUGCAUUACUCUGGCACUUGUCAAGUGCCAUUAUAGACACGUAUAUGGGCACUUUACUUUCUAAAUUUGCGAGCGAGCGAAGCGAGCCAGCAAAAAGGGAACAUUUUUAAUAUGGUAAAAUAUUAUACAAACAUUGACUGCUCAUGAGGAUGAUGGUGGGAAUUAUCACUCCCAAAGUGGUGUUCAUACCGGCCCUUCUAUCACCCCCGAAUUUUGAGAUCGAUGUAUUUGAUAAAUGCAUAUAGUACUGCAGUCAGGUAAUGCAGUUACUGCGGCCAGCGUAAAUUACAUGGCUUGAGCGCGCAUUUGAAAUCGUGUACGCUGUGUGUGUGUGCAAAAGUCGCGGAGGGGUUAGGGUACUAUCACAGGGUUUGAUAGUACUAUCAAACCCUCUGAAGCAAUGAUAGAUCGAAAUGCUCCUUGUCAUGUGAUAUAGCUUUGACCAAUCAGUGAAUGACAAUCUAUGUAUGAUGUAUAUAAUAUUUGUAAACAACACCAGAUAAGAUAUAAAUGAAUGUAUGCAGGCACCUCGCCACCGAAUAUACAUAAAUGCUAUGCAUGAUUAUGUUCCGUCACGUUGAUAUGAAGAUCUGCUCGGGCAUCUUGUUGCCCAGAAUAACCCUGUUUCUAAAUGUUGCUAAUGAGUGAAGCGAACGAGCAUGACAAUAAUGUAGUUUCGAAAUAUGAGAUAUAAAAUGUAUGCGGGCACCUCGCUGUCAAAUAUGUGUGUGCGGGGGUAUUAUUGUUCACUAUGCUCAAAACACUAACAAGACCCAUACCCCCCCCCCCCCCCCCCUCCCUCACGACGACCAGUGCCCUCACAAUUUCUGAAUUAAGGCCAUUUUAUGUUGUUACUAUGUUCAGGAUGGAUCGUGUUUUUCGAUGCACUUGGAUAAUCACAAACCAGCACAAUGUGAUACAAGGUAAUAAACAAGACACGUUAAAAUCAUCCAAGGAUAAGGUGAUCCACAUUAUCGCCUUAGGAAAAUUCGGACCCUAGUAACUAUGUGUCAUGGUGAGGCGUUGCCGGGGGUUGGGAGACAUAUCUCUUGGGAGGAAGUAGAUCGGAGCAAAAUACAUUUUUUAAGAAAAAGGGAAAAGCUGGAAGGAAUGGAUAAAAGCUAUAAAUAUUUAACAUACUCAAGGAUAUUUGCUUACAUAACAAAAAACAUGCUGAAACAUCUUUCCUGACCUUUGUUAAUGUCUCAAAUUAUUCAAUAUCUCUUUAUUCACACUCUGAACUGAACGUUGACAGCAAGAGAUUUGUUUCAAUGUAUUUAUUCAAACAUGAUUAUAUAAGAGGAUAGCGAGAUCAGUUAUAUAAGACUUAUUUACGUCUUGGUCCUAGAGUUAAGAAUACAACAAUACAAUGAACACUGAAACAAUCUCACCAAUUUCAUAAACGAUGCUGAUUGACUAGACUCUUUCAUAAACACCUUAUAUUUAUAUAUAUUCUGUUAAUGCACGCUCAUUAUUGUUCUUUUGUUCUUUCAUAUAUUUUACUUCUUUUGUUAUUUUUUUAAUUUGUUAUGUGCCUUUUGUAAAUACUAUAUUUGAUGAUAAUAAUGUAUGUACAUUUCUCUAUUACGUCAAUCCCAUGUCUUGUAAUUUGUAACGUUUUCAGAUUUCAGAAGUACUUUUGUAUCUGCUUUUUGAAAUGGUGCUAUAAAAUACUUUGUGUUAUUAUCAUUAUAUCAUCAGAAGUUAUAUUAAAUAUGAGAGAAAAACAAUUUAAAAAUGCA